AUGAGCAGCAACAGCGGCAGCAGCAGCAACAGCAGCGCCCAGCAGGGCGAGACACACCACUGCGAAGACAGCAGCAGCAGCAGCAGCAACAGCAGCAGCAGCAGCAGCUCGGAGGCUCCUGAGGUUCACGGGUCUGCUUCUGGGGAGUGUUUAGUUUGUUACGAUGAUAUAACUGAGGAGACAUAUUGCGAAUACAGCGUCAAAGGAGACAGCAAGUGGCAUGCCUCGCUCUUCUGCUACCCCUGCGUGCAGCAGCUGCAGCAGUCCCAGCGCAGCAUCAACAGGAAGAUGAGCAGCAACAGCGGCAGCAGCAGCAACAGCAGCGCCCAGCAGGGCGAGACACACCACUGCGAAGACAGCAGCAGCAGCAGCAGCAACAGCAGCAGCAGCAGCAGCUCGGAGGCUCCUGAGGUUCACGGGUCUGCUUCUGGGGAGUGUUUAGUUUGUUACGAUGAUAUAACUGAGGAGACAUAUUGCGAGUACAGCGUCAAAGGAGACAGCAAGUGGCAUGCCUCGCUCUUCUGCUACCCCUGCGUGCAGCAGCUGCAGCAGUCCCAGACGGGCGAAGCGCGCGAGAAGCUGUGGAACGAGCUCCGUGCCUUCCUGAUUGAUGGUGAACAGACGGAAGAGCCCAAGGACCCGACUAGCUAG